GCAGCGGAGCUCAGAGCGUUUAGGUGCGCAUCUUCAUUCCCGGCUACAGGAGGAAAGGUGCGCACAAUGUCUGUCCCAUCCUCGGAAAUAGUUCUUCCACUCGCCUCGUAUCAGAUUUAAGCGACUUUUACCACUUUUGUUACUGUGUUACAGCAUCGGAUUUUGUACUUUACAACUUCCCGCAGCUUUAGUGACAUUCAUUUCGGUGCGCAACAGCUGACGAGAAAGGUGAAUUUAUACAGGACUGUUAGAGGCAUCUGAGACGGAGGGCUUAUUCUGCUCACUCAUUAAUUCUAGUCUCCGACGCCCCUGAAGAUUAUGGAUGCAUUGACAGAUAAUCUGUAUGUAAUUAUUAAACUAGCAGCAGUUAAAUGAUGGAGUUUAAAACCACUUUUCCUCCGUUUGAAGUUCUUUUAGUUCCCCAGUGAUGGACGGCAGACAAUCGUCAAGGACUUUCACACCUGAUUGUGCAGCUUUUGCCAACACAUAAAAAAAGAACAAGCAUGUUUUGUCUGCUGAAAUCUCGGAGCUUAUCAAACAGCAGCAGGGCUAUGGCGAUCAGAAAUGGGACAAAAAGCCAUCAUCACUCCAAACCCAUCUCUAAAAUAUACUUCAUUUUUAUUUUGCUCCUGCUCAUUUUCACACCGAGAGUGGAUUCGUCGUGGUGGUACAUCGGAGCACUGGGUGCUCGGGUGAUCUGCGACAACAUUCCCGGCCUGGUGAACAAGCAGCGGCAGCUGUGCCAGCGGCACCCGGACCUGAUGCAGUCCAUUGGUGAGGGAGCAAAAGAGUGGAUCAAAGAGUGCCAGCACCAGUUCAGACACCACCGCUGGAACUGCAGCACGCUGGACCGGGACCACACUGUGUUUGGCAGGGUGAUGCUGCGAAGCAGCCGAGAGGCAGCGUUCGUGUAUGCCAUCUCUUCAGCAGGAGUGGUCUACGCCAUUACCAGGGCCUGCAGUCAGGGGGAGCUAAAGAUCUGCAACUGCGACCAUAAGCGAGGACGAGCUAGCGACGACAGGGGCAAUUUUGACUGGGGUGGAUGUAGCGACAACAUCAACUACGGCAUAAAAUUCGCCAAGGCCUUUGUAGAUGCUCGAGAGAGGAUGGUGAAAGACGCUCGUGCACUGAUGAACCUGCACAACAACCGGUGCGGUCGGAUGGCAGUGAAACGCUUUAUGAAGCUGGAGUGCAAGUGUCACGGGGUCAGUGGCUCCUGUUCUCUGAGAACCUGCUGGCUGGCGAUGUCUGACUUCAGGCGAACUGGAGACUACCUUCGCAAGAAGUACAACACUGCCACCGAGGUGACUAUGAACCAGGACGGGACGGGCUUCAUGGUGGCUGACAAGGACUUCAAGGGAAGCACUAAGAAUGAGUUGGUGUACGUCGAAAACUCACCAGAUUACUGUCUCAUGGACCGCACAGCGGGCUCUUUGGGCACAGCAGGCAGAGUGUGCAACAAGUCUUCAAGAGGAACAGAUGGCUGUGAGGUCAUGUGCUGUGGGCGAGGCUAUGACACCAUGCGUGUCAAACGUGUCACCAAGUGUGAGUGCAAGUUCAAGUGGUGCUGCGCUGUGGAGUGCAAAGACUGCGAGGAUGUUGUGGACGUUCACACCUGCAAGCCCCACAAGCGACCUGAUUGGCUGGACAUAACUUAACGAGAAGACCUGACCAAUCACACUCACCACUGACUCAUUAACCUGUGAGCUAAUGACUGCAUCUUAUUAUGGGACAUAUAAUUGGGAUCUCUUUACUGUAUUACCUCUGGCUUUUGAUGAAUUGACACUUCCUGAAGCCGAGACUUUACAGACCUUGAUGCUAAACUGGAAAUUAGGCCCAGUUACUAAUCGUGUGCUGCUUUAAUGCGUGUUUAAGAACAAUUUGUUGAGUUUUUUUAAGACAAACUUUGAAUCUUUGAUACAAAAUGGCUGAAUAUUCUGUUGUAAAUGCACCCUUGGUUGAUGGUUAAUGUCUACUUGUUUUACAGUAUGAAAGGCUGUAUGAGCACAUGACAUAGCUCAGAUUGAUGAUAAUAAUAGUAAUAUUUAGCCUGAAAAGAGAUUAAAAAAAAGCUGGAGAGCUCUUUUGAGAUAUUGUAAAACACUGACCUAUCAUUUAAAAUGAUAUCAAGUCAUUGUAUGGUACUGCAACGCAUCAUUUAAAAUACAAAACCGAAGGGAGCUUAUGAAAAAUUUCCUACUCGAAUAUGGACAGACAAUCACACUGUGAAUCCAAAGGAACCACAAACACAAGAACAAGCAAGGACUUUCAGUUAAAGUGGCAGCAUACUGGCUGCAGAGCGGAAUUUUGGCAGGUUCUCGGGAGAAAAAGGACACACUAACAGGAAAAAUGAAGCUUCAUGUGGACUUUGGACUAUUAUCUGAAAGGGCUACAUUUUCAUAUAGUAUCCCACAUGUUUGACGGUCAUUGGUCUAACACAUUCUAGCUGUGUUGCCUUAUGGAAAACUAUUAUUUCUACCUCUGGUUCUUUGCCUUUGUUUCCAUUUGUUUUUGUUUCAAUGCUACACCGACAGCUUCAAGCAAUUGUCCUUAGACCGUGUUCAGACCAUCGAUGUAUUAUUAGAACUGGAUACCUGACCCCAAAAUGGCACCUAUUCAUUCCAAUGAGAAUUGCUCACCUGGGACAUAUGUCAAAAAAAGUUUUCCAGCAUCCAGGUUUACUUCCAGGGUAUGCGGCCCACUGAAUAAUGUUUUGCCCGCUGGCCCCGCCUAUGAGUUCCCGCUCGGCCCAUACACUUUACAUUGUGAUGAUGUCAAAGAUUUUUAAGUCACUUUUCUCGGCUCGAGGAAAGUUUUACAAAUAUAAAACCUCCAAUGAUCAAAAAUUCAUAAUAGAAAGAGUCAUAAUUGACCUUGUUUGCAGUUUGAGGUGUCCUGUCAACAAUUUUACAGAUGUCUCUUUUAUAAUGGUAGCCUAUGGGGAAAAUGCUUUUUGGGCCGCAGGUGAAUUUUUUGUUGCAAUAACACGAGUAGCUACUGGAAGAAAUUUGGCUGCAAGGCUGAGCAGCGGCACCAUAUCCAGCUCUUAUUAUACAUCCAUGGUUCAGACAGCCAACAGCACUGCGUAAAAAAAACAAAAUUCAUGCCCUUCAGUCAUUUCAAUUAGGCUACCAUAACAAUAUUUUUUGUUGAAAAGUGUAAAAAUGUUGAAGUUUUGCUGCAACAAAAUGCAAGCAAGGCAUGGUGUAGGCCAAUGCGAGUGUACAUUCAAUGUAGAUUACUUAAUUUUAAUGCUUAAAUUCUACUGUUUACCUGAUGAUCAUUCAUGAAUGAGGAUAAAAUUAUUUUUGACGUGAUAACUUUCCAAAGUUGUCAAAUCCAGUGUCAUAGUAUUACAAACUGCUGCAUUUAUUUGGUGUCUAAUAAGCCUUCAAACUCAUGGAUUUAUUAUUUAAAACUUCCCUUCAGGGAUCUUAUAUCAUCUGUUCCUUAAACAUGCCCCCUGUGUUGGCGGCUGUUUUCGAUCUGAACACCGAGUUAGCUAUCAUGCCUGCAGCCUUUGUUGUUUGCAAAGAUUUAGCUACUUCUAGUUCUCUAGUCUUAGUUGUUUCUUAAAUUUUCAUCCACCCCUCAUGCCUCUAGUUUGAUGGCAGUAAAUUCCAAAAUGCUAUGGAAAUGUUUUUUGAAAUUUUUAUCAGAUGUACAGUUGCUUCUGUAAAAACCUUCACUAUAUCCUGCAUUUAUGCUGUUCCAAGUUGGAAGUUCGCUUUUAAAGCUAUGGAUUACUGAUGGUGAGACAAUUAUUUUUAAGAUGGUAUAGGACACAGUGUCUCCCCUUGGAUCACUUGUCCAGGUAAAUGUGCAUUCCCUGGUUGCAGCUGGGUCUCAGUUUGUGAAGUGAAACUUUACUGAUCUGAAAAUAACAUUCUGUUAAGUUGUGAUGAAGGUUCAUGAUGCCAGUAACUUAUGGUGGUACAUGGAGCUCAGUUUUAACUAGACUCACCUUCUUACUGCCACCUUUAUCAGAAUCAGUUUAGCUUUAACAGACACCACAGCUGUGUGUCACCAACAGUUUACACUGCUGAUAACGUAAUGCUACUUCCCUCAAACUAGAGGGCCGUAGAAUGACAUUUAAAAAAGUGUCACAACAUUUAUAUGCUGCUAUAGUUUCAUAGAUCCUUUAAACAGAUAUCUGCAUGUGAAUGCAGAAUCUGUAGGCAAGGGACAAGAUUUUGGUAUCUGAAGGGUUCUGGUUUCCGUUUGUAGUCCGAGUAGUACUGACCACGUUUGAGCGGGCUUUGGUUGUAUGCAGGUAAACAGUCCGUGUGGAGAGCAGAAGAGGUGCAGUGUGUCGGCCGAAAACCAAUCUUGGAACCCAUCGGCUAUCAUCUCACAACGAUUUAGGUUUUUAAUCAAUCUCAAAACCCUAGAGUUUAGCUUUUAAUCAGCUUUUUUGAAAAUUGUAUCUGCAUUUAAAUCAUCGUCAAACGAUAGCCAAUGGGUUCCGAGAUUGCUAAUCAGACUGUAAACAAUGACCGAUGCACGGAAGACUAAGUCUUGGCCCAGAUAUCCGUUAUCCGGAUUUCCGCUAGCUACACCGGAAGCCCCAAAACAUUGGCCAUUGCCCCCAGAGGCUAAUCGUCGUCAGACGAUAGCAAUGGGUUCUGAGAUUGCAUAGAUACUAACUACAAAUGAACAGCAAGAUAUGUACUUUAAACUGAAGAUCCUAUUUAUACAGGACGAUAUGAGGUCUUGUCACUAUUUUCAAACUAGUCAUUAUCACACACACUCUUUCUCCAAUGUAUGCUUCUCAGUGGUGUGUUGUAUCUUAAGGUUGCAAUUGGAGCUGUUCUUAUUGCUUGGUCUUCAUUGCAAAGGCCAGCACAGCAUGUUUCUUCUGUCAUCUUAUUGUGACAGAACACUUUAACAAUGCAAUCUUAUGCAAUUGUGCUUUCAGUCCUUUGUGCACAUAAGUGCACAAAGUACAAGUAUUUCAUGAAACUGGGCCAAGACAUUUCAGAAAGAGCAGUGGAGUAGCUGUGAACCCUGAAUUUGACUUUUCAACAUGUGGUAAUGCAGCCAGACAUUAUGUUAGGCCAUUGGAGACGCAACCCUCAGAGGGGUUUAUAGAUCUAAAUGAAUCUGACAACAAGCUGUGGAUGCUGAAAGUCAACAAAAUUUUUCAAGUCCACGUAAUGACGAGGGAAGCCAAAGUAAAGCACUUUGAACAAGGCUAAAUGACACACCAUGUCAAACGUUCACAAGUCAAAAGUUAAUUGCAAACAAAAGAGCCUGUUUUGAAUGUAAAUGAAGAGCAUGUUGGCUGUGUUUUUCUUAAAGAUUAGAAAGGUGAGAGCUGUUCACACACAGUGGGGGCCGACCUGGGCCUGUGCUGCUCUGGCCAUCAAAAAUUCACAUUUCAAUUCCCCAGUUCUACUGAGUGUAAUAAAGCACAACACUGACGGUUUCAGUCUGUUUGAAAUAUGAAAUUUAACAUUUUAUGCCUAAAACCACAUUGGAAACCACUGAGCCUGCACUGAUCGGUACUAUGGAUUUGGUUGAGGGUUAAUGUUGUAGUUACAUGAGUUCAUUUGGGUCUAUUUAGAACUCUUGAAUUUUCAGAUGUACUGUAAUUCCAUUUCAGUCAAAAAAAUUGUUUUUAUCUGUUACUGAUACCAUGAAUUUUUGACUGUUCAAUUGAGGCUGAUGCCGCAUUUUUAUGUCCAAGUCAAUCUUUUCCUCUGUCAGUGUUUGGUGCAACAAUGUCCUAGUUUGUAUUACUGUCUAGGGAGGUACAGUCACCUUUGAAAUGCAGGUCCCAAAAUACCUUACUGGCUCCAUAUUAAACCUUGUUGAUCCACCCUC